AUGUCCGUCACCGCCUACUUGACUGCCUACAACGCCGUGUCGCUUGUGUUGUGGUCGUACUUGUUGUACACCGCCCGGCUCUUUCACAACUACUCGAUCCGCCUCGUGGGCAAGGUGCCCCACCGGCUGUUGGUGCAGACACAGGUGUUCAAUUCUGGGAUUGAGAUCUUCCAUUCGUUGCUGGGGCUCGUGGCGACCCCUGUUGCCACCAUGAUUUUACAAUCGCUGGCACGGCUCUUGAUUGUGGUGGGGAUUUGCUGGAAAUUGCCCCAGAGCCCCGGAAACUACCACUUUUGGGCCUUCACCGGCAUCCAGUUGGCCUGGGGCAUCACCGAGGUGGUGCGGUACGGGUUCUACGUGCUCAAGCUCGUGGGUGUACGGGUGCCUCGCUGGCUCACCUGGCUCCGCUACUCCACGUUCAUCGUGUUGUAUCCGUUGGGCCUUGUUAGCGAGCUGACGGUGGUGUACUUGUCGCUCGGCUCGGCAUCGGGUCUCUACUACUACUUCUUGGUGUUUGCGUUGGCCAUGUACAUUCCGGGUUUUUUGAGGUUGUACGGACACAUGUUCAAGCAGCGGAGAAAGGCAUUGGCCAGGAGAUAG